AUAGUAUCUCUGUUACUAAUUUUUUUUUCGCCUCUUCCCCCUCCCGCCAAGUUAUCCUACGAUUCUACUCUUCCUCUCGACUUCUCGAAGAUUUCCGCGUAUCGAGUCGAGUUCAACACCAGUGCGUGCCGUCCGUAACGUUCUCUAUUUGCAAACAAUUGUGCUUUUCAACGGCUGAUCGUUCGCUCUGCGUUUCUUCCUGGACCGUGUAAAACGUUUCCAAGAGAUAAGUCUCAUCCGUUUUAUCCGCCUAUUAUACGCCUGUCUCUCGGUUGCUCUGUCGUUUCGGUGGCCGCGCGUGAAAAUAUCAGAGCGCAACGGAGUUCCAGCAUCGAUGUAUCCACACUAAAGACUCCCGGGGGGGCGAGGUUUUGAGACAAUAGUUUCUGAGUGAGGAUACAUGGACUCAUUGAAAUGUCGUGCCUCUUCGAACGACGGACCCGCGAUUAGCUCAGGGAGGCAACAUCCGUGAGCAACGACAUCACAAUGCGCAUGUUGCUGCUGCUGAGGUUGGUUUUCGUCGCAGCAAUCCUGCUGCUGGCAACUACCAAGGCAAACAUGCAAUUGCACCUACGCUCCGACAAUUCCAAGCACUUUGCUAUCAGCGGACGCGAGCAGGCGAUCGCCGGUAUCGAGGCUAGCCUCUUGACUCUCCUCGGUUUCACCAAGAGGCCGAAACCUCAGGGCCAGGCUCACGUGCCGGACUCGUUGAAACAGCUUUACCACAGACAAAAUACGAUUGGUAUGGCUGAUAUCGCUAAACCGGGAAUCCACGCCAGAUCCGCUAACACAGUGCGCUCCUUUUCUCACGUCGACAGUGAGCUGGACCAUAAAUUCCAAUCGCCCAAUCGGUUUCGCCUGUCUUUCGAUCUAAGUAGCAUACCCGCGGGAGAGAAAUUGCAAGCCGCGGAGUUGAGUCUUUCGCGCUUGCCUGUUUUAACUGAGAACGACUCGAGCCCGAAGUUGGGCAGAGUACUUGUAUAUGAUAUUUUGCGUCCCGGUACGAAGGGACAGAGCAUGCCGAUAUUUCGUUUAAUCGACAGUAAGCCAAUAGAUAUUAGAAAAAAUAGUACGAUUAGCCUAGACGUUCAUCCCGCCGUGGAAAGGUGGAUAGAGGAUCCCAGGAACAAUCACGGGUUGUUAGUGCACGUACGUGGAACGAAAAAGGAACAUGUACGUUUAAAAAGAAGCAUAGAUGAAAGGAACGACACGUGGGUUGUUAAUCGGCCGAUGUUAUUCACUUAUACGGACGACGGCAGGUAUAAGAUGUCCUCUGCAAGCCAAAUAAUGGAUCGCCGCGCGAGGAGAGCAGCGCUCCGAAAGAAUCGGCGAAAAGACGGUCGCGAGAAUUGCAGACGGCAUCCGCUUUACGUAGACUUCGCUGAUGUCGGUUGGAACGACUGGAUCGUCGCUCCUCCCGGUUACGACGCGUUUUAUUGUCACGGCGAUUGCCCUUUCCCUUUAGCGGAUCACUUGAACUCGACGAAUCACGCGAUCGUCCAAAAUUUGGUUUACUCGACGAAACCGAGCAUGGUGCCGAAGGCCUGUUGCGUGCCCACUGCGCUCAGCUCGAUAUCCAUGCUUUAUCUCGACGAAGAGAACAAAGUGGUCUUAAAAAAUUAUCAAGAUAUGGCCGUCCUCGGGUGUGGAUGUCGUUGACGACUCGCUAAGCUUUGUCUAGUAAACUAUUUCAAUAAUGGAGGAAAUAAGAAUAAGUCGUUCGAGAGAAGGAGGAAACUGAAAUGGUUAGUGAAUGAUUCCGUUUUUCGAUAGUAUACUCGGUUUCUUAAACAUUUAUACAAUUAAGGCACUAGAAGAGUUUCAAAUUUCUCUAAGAAAAUUUUUAUCGAUCGUCCGAAACUCUUGAUAAGUCUGACUGCUCUUGUUUCGUAGCUCUCUAUUCGUACAAGUAGAGUAUCGUCGGUGAAUUAUCCCAAUGAAUUUGAAGUUAAUCAGUUAGUAUUGAGCGUAAUAAGUAUUAAAUACAAUUAUUGUUCACAAGGAAAAGGACGUAUUAGGCAAUUAAGAUUUCGUAUUCGUGCCUUACUUUAUAAUUGAAAGCGAAGAAAACAUGUCCGAUAAAGGUUUUACAUCGAGGUAAAUGCGCGCGCCAAAAUUUUAAGUACCUCCUCCGUGUCAAGAAAAUCUCUGAAACAAUCUGCGCUUUUAUUGAAUUAUUAAUAAACGUUUUAAUCGUUUGCUGAUUGUUCGAUUUGAACAAGGAUGCAAUCGAUUUUUUUGACGGCAAGAGAUCGUAUCACAUUCCUAAUCGAAACAUUUCUAUGAUUCUUCUGUCAUUUCGUAUUUUUUUAAUUAUUAUUCAGUGUAUAUAAAAUAUAAUAAAAUCAGCUUUUAAUAUUUGGACACACGUAGUUGAAGAAUUUCCAACAUUUUAAUAUCUAAGUUAAGCAGCGGCUUGAGAAUAAAUAAUGAUAAUUGACUGCCGUCAAGAAUGGACCGUACCUGUGCCUGAGGAACAAUUAUUUAUAAUUUUAGCAGAGAAAUUUAAGUAUGUAUAUUUGUACAAAAAGGGAAGUGGCAAAAUGGUGUUAAGAAUAGUUGUGGCGCGCGUCAGCCUGUAAAAUGUGUAUAAAAUAGGUAGGAAUAAGAAAGGACUAAUGUAAAUAUCGCGUCUGUAUAGUGAAUUAGUAUACAUAGUAUUCUAUUCAAUGUUUUUAUUAAUAUUUCUACGUUCUUCGAUUGUACACAGAUAUUGCGUGUGUAAAUAGUAAAUAAAUUUUAAUAAAAAAAAGUA